AAAAUAGGGAUCUUUGUAUCCGUCCCGGCUAGUAGUUGUAGUCAGCAGCCGCACAUCCGCAAGCAAAAGGACGCCGCCAUGCCGUUCGGUAACACGCACAACGAGAUGAAACUGCGCUACUCGGCGGACCAGGAGUACCCCGACCUGAGCCAGCACAACAACCACAUGGCCAAAGUCCUGACGCACGACAUGUACAACAAACUGCGCGGCCGGCAGACGCCCAGUGGCUUCACACUGGACGAUGUCAUCCAGACCGGCGUGGACAACCCGGGUCACCCGUUCAUCAUGACGGUGGGCUGCGUGGCAGGUGACGAGGAGACCUACGAGGUGUUCAAGGAGCUCUUGGAUCCCGUCAUCCAGGAUCGCCACGGAGGUUACAAACCGACGGACAAGCACAAGACCGACCUCAACGCCGACAACCUCAAGGGUGGUGACGACCUGGACCCUAACUACGUGCUGAGCUCUCGCGUGCGAACGGGCCGCAGCAUCCGUGGCUUCUGCCUGCCGCCGCACUGCAGCCGCGGGGAACGGCGUGCCGUGGAGGAGCUCUCUGUACAAGCCCUGGCGUCGCUGAGCGGCGACCUGAAGGGCAAGUACUUUGCGCUGAAGAGCAUGACUGAGGCCGAGCAGCAGCAGCUGAUCGACGACCACUUCCUGUUCGACAAGCCCGUCUCACCGCUCCUGCUGGCUUCCGGGAUGGCCCGCGACUGGCCCGACGCCAGGGGCAUCUGGCACAAUGACAACAAGACCUUCCUGGUGUGGGUGAACGAGGAGGACCACCUGAGGGUCAUCUCCAUGCAGAAGGGGGGCAACAUGAAGGAGGUCUUCCAGCGAUUCUGUACCGGACUCACCAAGAUUGAGAGUUUGUUCAAGGAUCGCGGUCACGCUUUCAUGUGGAACGAGCACUUGGGAUAUGUGCUGACCUGCCCGUCCAACUUGGGCACGGGCCUGCGCGCCGGCGUCCACGUCAAGCUGCCCAACAUGAGCAAGAACGCAAAGUUCGAGGACGUCCUCAAGCGCCUCCGCCUGCAAAAGCGAGGAACCGGCGGCGUGGACACGGCGGCGGUGGGCGGCGUCUUCGACAUCUCCAACGCCGACCGUCUGGGCUUCUCAGAGGUGGAGCUGGUCCAGAUGGUGGUGGACGGUGUCAGGCUGCUGGUGGACAUGGAGAAGCGGCUGGAGAAAGGCCAGAGCAUCGACGACCUGGUGCCCGUGCAAAAAUAG